GCGGAUAUGCUUACACAGACAAAGUCGUAAUCUUUUGAAACAGAGGUUGGGGCUGCAUCAAGUGGGCCAAUGCGCAACGCAACAGCAAGCGCAAGGUCAUGAUGAGGUUGGGGAAUCAAAAAACUGCAUGUCUAGUCUGACGACGAUGUCGUUACACAUUUACGCUUUUGAAUCAUGUAGCAAGUAAUCCUGAACAGCUGAUAACCUCGAGUUUGUGCCUGGGGUAAAGCACGCUGACCUCUUGUCAACAAAGGACGCUCGCUGCUCACGUUGCCCUCAACCAACACAGAAAUACGGGCAUGUGAAAGGGUGGCUGCUCCAGGCUACAGAUGCGCUAAAGAAAAAUGGAGGGCGACGAAAUGAACAAACCACCAACACAGCAGUGGAUCAAAAACAAUUAUUUGCCAAAAGUGGCUGCUGGCAAAGCAGCAUCAGUGACAGAGCGGCAGAUAUCUGAAUCUGCGCGGGAGUCCCACGCUCACCGGGCGUCGGAACUCAACCAGGUUAAGAGUGACAAGGUGACAUCAGUGCACGCCGGGUCACAAAACCCGUGGAAGAGAGCAGCCCGGAUACAGCCAGUUAACCUUACUCGAACAGAUGGGAUCAUAGACUUCAUGGAAAAAUGCACAAAUCGCAUCGAAGAACUGCAUGACGAUCUUGACGACAGGGCGCCGGAGACACCAAUCAAGGGUCUCCCGCUUCACGAGAAGCAUCUGCACUCUGCGUCCCCUGAGGAUGGAUCAGAACGGGCGGAGAAGACUCGCGGAGCUAGGCUAGCCCCCCUAAAAGUGAAUGCGCUGGAGUCGCGUGCAGGUCAUCCAGAUGCGGCAGCCACUGACACCCGACAAAAGUGUGAUCUAGCCACCGAAGAGUAUCUCCCGAACGAGUGCUACGACGACCAGAGUCUAACAUUCCUGCUUCAUGACUUCAGGUUAAUACACGAGAGAGAAUAUUUCUUCACUGGGAACAAUCAGAUAGUGUUGGAACGGCUGCAACACCUUACGGCCCUCACCAUCAGUGACCACUGGUGGCUAAGUCCCGAAGUGAUUAAGCAAAUUCUGUCGUUCUCUCGAAACCUGGCCGUCCUGGAGUUGUCUGGAUGUCGAGUAGAUCAUGCGGUUGCGCAAGCACUUCGUGGUUGCACCAGGCUGAACGCACUCGACCUGAGCUACACCAAGACUCUCCGGUCCCUGGCCAGCCUCCAAUAUCUUGAGGUUAGGACAAUUUAAGGCCAGUAAAACCUUACGUGACCCCUAUCCCUACCGGGUCACUUUCGGGCUUACCCUAUAUGUGCUGGCAAUGCUUCA